GAUUGUAAUUUUUUUCCCCAAAUGCUGCAUUACUCAGUUAGUGAGGCUUGCAUUGAUGUUGUCCUUUUCAGCAUGUCAGUAGCAUGUCCCACCACCAAGAGUACAUGAGCGUGACCACUAUUAAUGCACAAGAAAACACAUUGUUUGAAAGAUAAUCAUAUAAACACUCGGACAGGAAUGCUUAUUAUUUGGUGCCGUUGACGGAUUGGACGUCUAGUGCCGUCAAUGGAGCCAAAUGAGUUUAAAUGAGUGCCCUUUAAAUGGUUAAUGUAUGUUCUUUAGAGGCUAUGCUAAUACUGAAUAUGACUGUCAUUUUACACAUUUCACUGUAUAUGUAAUGUAAAACGCUCUUUAUUAUCGACAACUGUCAUUGUCUUUUCAUGAGUACGUUCCCUCGCUCCUUCUUCUCAGCCUCUAAUUUGGGUCCAAACACUGAACCUCUCACUCUGUCUGUUAUUUGCCUAUGCAUCACCUCACUGCAAAAGGGACCUGGGAAUGGACUCUUCCCUCCCCCCUUCCGCAUCUCUCCCUCCUCUCCUCUCUACUCUUGUCCUCUCGAAUCCUACCAGAGUGAUAAUGUUUUAUUUCCAGCUGGUGAUCAUGGCUGGGACGGUUCUCCUGGCUUACUACUUCGAGUACACAGACACCUUCCCCGUGCAUAUCCAAGGGUUUUUCUGCUAUGACAAAACCUUCUCCAAGCCAUACCCUGGACCAGACAACACCAGCAAGAUUCCCCCUAUUCUCAUCUACUCGCUUGUCACUGCAAUUCCUACACUCACGAUUCUUGUGGGAGAAUUAUGUGCUUUCUUCACAAAGGCUGAGGGAUUGCAGGAGAAGACCAUUGUCACUGCAGAUUGCUGCUACUUUAACCCCUUACUGAGACGUAUCAUACGCUUCUUAGGUGUUUAUGCCUUUGGCCUAUUUACUACAAGCAUCUUCGCCAAUGCCGGGCAAGUAGUGACAGGAAACCAGACUCCUCACUUCCUUUCAGCAUGCCGACCAAACUACACAGUCCUGGGCUGCCAAUCCAACACGCAGUACAUCACAGAGCGACGGGCAUGUACUGGGAAUCCUCUCAUUGUCAUGUCUGCUCGUAAAUCCUUCCCAUCAAAGGAUGCGGCGCUCAGUGUCUACUCUGCAGUGUACACAGUGAUGUAUGUGACACUGAUGUUCAAGACCAAAGGUACACGUCUGACAAAGCCCACCGUCAGCUUCACCUUGCUGUGUCUGGCAAUGAUCGUAGGCGUGGUCAGGGUGGCUGAAUAUCGCAACCACUGGGCCGAUGUCCUGGCCGGAUUCUUCACUGGCGGCGCUAUAGCUGUUUUUCUGGUAACUUGUGUAAUUAACAACUUCCAGCAAAUGCAGCCUACGCCUACUGCACAACUGCCCCAGUGCCAUGAGUCGACAAUGGGUAUGCCAAUGGUGACGCUGCCCUGUGUAGAGAGUCCAGUAGAAAAACUUCACGGAGAUCUCCGUUCACCGAGAUCACAUGACCAUCAGCCCUAUCGGUUCCCCACCAAACCCGAUGUCCUCAUACUGUCUCGCUCCAUUUCCAGCGAAGUCUAGACCAGGCCGAACAGCAUUCUCCUCAGUGUGCCGCACAUCCAGCCGGGCGGUACGCAACUCUGCCCCGCUCUUAUUCCACACAGGUCUAGACUCCUGGUACAGAAUUUUUAUGUGCACACACACCCGUUGCCCCCUCAACCGCCAUAUUACCAGGGAACCGAUAGGCAAGACUUUUUCAAAAGACUUUCUCUUUGCUGUUACCGCAGCGAAGGUCCUGAACAUUCACAUUGUUUUCCAAUACCUUUUUUGGUGUAUUUCUACUUUUUUAUAUAAAAUUAUGUGAAUCUCAUGUGUUUUAACUGGUGUGCUUUGUUCGGAGAGACACAUCAGUCUGUGACCACAAAGAAUGUUUUACAGUGAACCCGUUUAUUGCAGGGGAUAUGUUCGGUAAACAUCCAUAGAGAUUUUACCCCUUUUUUUCCUCCUUUUAACAUAUGAUAAAUGAAGAGGACUCAUGUUCUGGUUUUAUCAAUACCAUUUCAGUGCCCAAAGAAAUACACAUUCACACAACAGAAGGUAGUGCUGUUGCCAUGCAAAGUGCUACCAAUGUGCCCAGUGGAGGAAUUUUGUGUUCAGUGUCUUGCCCAAAGACAGUUAGAGUAGUAUACAGUGAUCCCUCGUUUUUCGCGGUUAAUGGGGACCAAAACCCACCGCGAUAAGUGAAAAACAGCGAAAUAGCCGCCCCCCACCAAAAGUUUUUUGUUGUUGUUUUUUUUUGUUUUUGUGUGUGUUUUCAAUGUAUUUAUUCAGAUUUAGCAUUGUUAAGAGAUAUAUCUAUUAGAAAUGUUUUUUCACUUUUUUUCCCCAUAGUAUAAUUAAAAAAAACAAAAAAAACAUGUAUAUAUUUUAAUAACUGGUUUUUAAGCACUUCAAAUGAAAUAGUUAUGAUAAGUUUUGCACCCAUUGAAUUAUUUUUCAACAAGAAUGAAGCAGAAAAAUGCUUGGCUUUAUGUCCACUCAAAUCCGCUCACGCUGGUCACUUACACACAAUGAUUUGCUGCAGCAACUGUUUAACAAGUUAAAACCAAUCAAUGACUUUUGGGAAGAACAUUCAUGUGAAGAUGAAAAAAAAACAAAGGGAAAAAAAAAAGCUGCUCAUGUAUCGCAAUGUAUAAUGCCUACUCUACCAUGUAUUGGUUGUGCGUCCUUGGUUGAAGGGGACGGGACUUCUCGCGUCAGCCCUUGUCUUUCUCUUCAUUUUUUUUCCUUCUUCGGGUUAAUCAUAUCAAAAAGCCAUCUUGUAACUGUCAAUGAUACCGAUGAUGAUGAUGACAAUAAAUAAAUGAAUAAAUAAAUAAAUAAAUAAAUAAAUAAAUAAAAAAACGACGAUUGACGCAUGCGGCGCUUUGACCUUGUCAGAGAACAAAACUUCAAAUAUUAAACGUCUUUCAGUCAUUGUCAACUCCAAUGCACUCCAUGCCUGACCAACAAAGAGCAGGGAGAGGGAGGGAGAGUGAGACUACGCGAUCGGCUCAGGACGUCAUCUUUUUUUUUUUUUUUUUUUUUAUUGAACAAAAAUGCACGGUGGACUGAGGGUGCGAAGUUUGAAGCGCAAAGUAGCGAGGGAUCACUGUAGUCAGAGACGCAUCAGACAGAUGACUUUUGGAUCACUGGAUGACCUGCUCUCCUAACUGUGCUUAGGCCUCCCGCAACUAUAAUGAAAGACACUCAAAUACAGUAUUAAAUAUUCCUUUGCGCCUGUUAUGAGGCUCUCUGUUUCUCCUUCAAUUAAAUUUGUCAUUCCGAGUUGAAGUUUACUGUAAAGCUGACAUAUAAAACAAACAAACAAACAAACAACAAAACUGUCUACUAUCUUAUGGCUAGUUUAGGACUCACUGGUUUCACUUAACCCUUAAAACAACUGUUUAUUUAACACAUACACAUACAUGUGGCACAAACAUUGCACGCAUACAGCUCUGAAUUUGUGCUUGUCUUUGUAUUUCAAAGCUCAAAACAAUGACUUCUUAAAAACCUGAGCUAAUGAUCAGCUAUAUGAAAAAUUUACGAGCACCAGAUGUUAAAUGUAACGUGAAAUGUGAAUCAAAGUAUGAUUGAUUCGGUCCGCCAUCAUGAACUUGAAACCUUGGACCAAAGAAAUCAAAUUAAAGGAUAUGUUUGCUGCUGGUUUACAUUAAAAAAAAGAAUAAUAAUACUUUUUAUAAUACUAGUGCAUGAUCACAGAUAUACAUUUUGCUUCUGUGCUCACACUCACCAUUUUCUGUCUUGUAUUGAUGUCAACAGAUUCUGAAAGCCAUGCGUGACGUGCAAACACGCACACUCACAUACACAAAAUAUUGUGCGCACACUCACGAUGUAGUUAAAGUCGUUAAGCUCUAGUCAACACUGCUUGACGUUUACUCAAAUCACAGGAUCCAUUUAUUGGUUCACAGUACAAAAGUAUACGCAAUUCAAGCAUACAGAAUCCAAUCCCAGUCAAAAUGGCUUGGCUUAACACUGUCAAUGGCACUAAAAGUUAAGCUUUCACAGCCAACCAUCCCAGCUUAAAUUUUUUGGACAUCUAUUGUUGUCAAUGGCAGAAAAUGAAUUAAUGAGGAAACACCUUCACGUGGCAAUUGAUAUCAUGUUUCUUCCCUAGACAAAUGCAAAUUAAAUACAUGUAACCAAAAAAAAUACUAUGCUCUCUACUGUUUUGACAAAAGACUAUCACAAUCAGGCAAAAUACAAGCGGAUUUGGCAAGGCCAAUGUAUCUUGUAUUUUAGUGUUUAAAUGACACAGCUGAGUUAGAUAAUUGAUUUCUGAGCACGGUUGCAACUCACAUAAAGUUACAGAUUUGGUGCUUAAGCAAAGUCUGUAACUAACCGGGGUACACACUGACAAUUGGGGCAAAUGUAAGGUUUUACCGUCCCUUGCGAUAAAACUCAACAAUGCUAGACUUUUUAAAUUUUCUAAUGACUCUGGAAGAUUAUACAGAGCCAUUAUUCUGUGCAUUGAGUGUAAUUUUUCUUUCCUGAUAUGUUUAGAUAACACUGUGUUCAUCCUGUUGUAUUUUUCCUAAUUUCAAAUGUGUUUGUGUAGAUUGUGACAUUAAAUGAAACAUUUGAAAAUUAGGAAGUGACCUAAAGUUUGCAUUGUUGUCAAACACAAAAAGUUGUGUUGAGUGUUUAUAAAAGUCCUGCGUCUAUCAAGUCGGUCACCAAAAUGAAAAAUGACCAGAGUUCGACAUUGUUACCCAAAAAGCUAGCCUAACUUUGUCAAUUUCUUCUGCUAUAGCUGUUUUUUUUCUCUUUUCUUUUUUUUUUUCUCUAAGUAUUGUGCACUAUGUAUGUCAUCUUGAUUACCCCAACAAAUAUAUAAGAGUAGCAAAAACACAUUUCCUUUUCCAACAUGCAUACAGUGGCAUUAAAAGAUGGCAUUAAAAAAAAAAAAACCUCUAUUCAUUCAAACAGUCAAACCAGGGAGCGAGCACAAUUUUUAACAAAUUUCCAUCAAAGUUCUUGGUAUUUUUUUCUAUUUGUCAGAGUAAGAUAUGUUGCUGUCCAUAUGAUGUGCCUUGUUACAAAUCAGGCAAAAAAAAAAAAAAAAAGAUAAAUAUCUAAACUGUCAAUGAAAUAUUGCAAGCACUGGAUACUUAAAUGAAAUAAUUUCCUCUUAUUUAAAAAAAAAAAAAAAAAGAAAAGAAAAAAAAAAACAGCCUUUUGUCUUUACUGAUAUCUUACUAAAAAUGACAGAGAUCAGUUGUAAUUGAAAUAAUUGUCUUUCCAAACUCACAGUUAUUAGCCCAAUUUCUUCAAACAUGCACAAAGAAUUAUUAUUAUUAUUCCAAUACCACACCAGCGAAACCUAUCACUUUUGCUCUGGUUAGACCAUAAUUUACUUUCAUGGGUUACAGACUGUAUUAUCCUACUCUAACUGUAUGUAAGUUUUAUUUUUCAUGCAUUCAUCCUGGGUGUAUACCUUUGAUGGCCACUCACUUUUGUUCAUCACAAUUCUACAGAACAACAAACAAACAUACAUCUCAGGCUUAUGCUACAUCUCCAUCAGCACCGUAAAUUGAUUUUUCUUUUGUAAUGUUUCCCUCUGCUGGAGAAUACACAUAAACCAGCGUGCACCCUGAAAUUUGUCUUCACUUAAGCAGUUGAUGUUGUCCAGCAUUUACAUUUAAUACACUUUUUACAUUGACAACUGUAAAAUAUUGUACAUAUUUUUUUUCUCUAUUAAGCAUCACAUUUUUAGGCAAAUACCCCUGACUUUUUUGGCUGGGAAAAUGUGAUUUUAUUUAUUGGGUUACUAGAGAUGGGGUCACAAGAGGGUCUAGCUACUUGUUGGAUAUACUGCUUGGAAAAUGUCUUAAUAAUUAGGUCACAAAUGGCCUAAUAGUUGAUAAUUAUCCAAAACAACGUUUGGGGUAUUUUUUUAUACUCAAGCUAUCAAUAAAUGAAGAUGUGGACAGUUAAAUCAAUACAAAUGUAUGAACAAUGAACAGUUGAUGGCAGCAGCUAUUACAAUACUUAUAUAUUUCUUCCCAAUGAAAAUGUGAAUUAAAAAUGUUUUCACCUUUUACUUUUUAAGCACUACAACUGUAUUAUUUGAUUAGAAACUAUGUGCCGACAUUUCAGCUAUUAAAAUAUUAAGUUCGACUGAACAUUUACUGACUUGCAAUGCAAAACAUAAAAGAAAUUAAGUUCUGUAUGCUAAGAGUAUUGGUCAGUGUAAAAACAAAACCAAAUCAGCACAUUUUCCAUCAGUCAUGCAAGCAGAAAUGCCUUAAAAUUACCGUACUGUAUACAGUAAUUUAAUGAAACAACAGCACAAAUAGCAGGCGAUAGUUCUGAGUAAAAUGUGUGGUAAUAUUUCCAGUGCACGAUAAAUAUUGAUGCAUUGUAUCUCAAUGUCUACUGUCUGAGAGUGGCUUUCUAAAUGUGUCAACUUGAAAAAAGAAACAAAUGAUCAGUAUAUAAUUUCCCCUGGGCUUCAUGGCAGGUUACUUGCUCCUAAGUAAUAUCUGCUUCAGUGAAAGAACAAAGAUGUUGCGGACUGAAAAGUGAAAUGAAAAAGAAAAAAGCAUUGGUGUCCUUCAGAUCUGCAACACUGAGGGUCACAUGAUUCCUUCUUUCAACUGUUGUUGCUGCAAAAUGUCUGUUUUGUAAGCAUUGUGUGAUGACAACAAUAAAUGCGUAUUGCAAUAAGAGACAUUUUGUGUGUUU